AUGAUUUCGCUACAGACUCUCUCAAGAGGCCAGGCGCUGAAUUCCGGGAGAUCCCACAUCGAUGAAAGCAAAGCCAAGCCGCCAAGCCAUCGUCAUGUCCACCUCGCUGAGAGUCAGCCCGUCCAUCCACGGCUACCACUUUGACACAGCCUCCCGUAAGAAAGCCGUGGGCAACAUCUUCGAAAACAUAGAUCAAGAAUCACUGCAAAGGCUCUUCAAAAACUCGGGAGACAAGAAAGCAGAGGAGAGAGCCAAGAUCAUUUUUGCAAUCGAUCAAGAUUUGGAGGAGAAAACACGAGCCCUGAUGGCUCUGAAGAAGAGGACGAAAGACAAGCUUCUCCAAUUUCUGAAACUGCGGAAAUACUCCAUUAAAGUUCACUGAGGACGAGAGAGUGGACAAGGAGAACGAACAUUUAAAGACCAAAAGUGAGUUUGUGAGAUCCUAACACGUGCAGCCUUUUGGUGCUGCCUUGCAAGCUUCUCUUCUGUCAGGACUCCGGAGCCCGGGAAGGAACAGCACGAACUGGUUAUAGUGACUCAAACCGAUUUCAAACCCUGUGCUGUUACAGUGGAGAGCAAAACGCUUUCGGCCAGGAUUGAAAGCUUGCCCCGCAGGAAAGGACUGAUGCUGGUGCUAAGAGAAGAGUCUGGGCAGAUGUAAUGGGAACUGAAGAUAGCAGAGGGCUUGGGAAGGAAUGCAUCAGGGUCACUUUAUCAGGCCCUGAGGACUUAAAUUCAACAUGAACUAUUUUUUAAAACCAAACUGGGCAGGGGAAGGGAGGAGGGAGCAGGGAGCGGGAGAACAAGCAGAAAAAAACCAUGCUCAAAUUGUUUACUGAGUUUUUAAUUUGAAUGUUCAAUAUGUUACCAAGCCUCAAUAGUUGUCUAUUGGUGUAGCAUUUUAGCGAUCAGUAAUUGAUUAUUUAUUUGCAUUUAUUACAAUGCCUGAAAAAGUGCACCACAUGGGUGCAAAGACAAAUCCAAGUAACCGCAAUACUUUUAGCAGCUUGGAAAAACUCUAUGCCACCUUUUCUGGUUUGUAAAGGUUUUUAUACAUUUCAAACGGUUGCACAAAAGCUAAAAAUAAUGGGGUCUUUCAUAAAUCCUAAGUACUGUGAAAAAAUUUUAUAAUGUUUUUUAUCUUCUGACUAAUGUUAAAAUAUAAUCUAAUUGAAUUUCUUACAUUUACUGCAUUAAGUAUUAGGAAGUGAAUAUUAUCCACUAUAUAGUUUAUAAAGGUGAUACGGUUUCUAUAAUUUAUUAUAUAUGGAAAGUGAUAUGCAACCGUAAUAAAUUAUUAUAAAUCUAGCCACUCUUGGUCUGUGUUGCUUGGUCUCAAAGGGAAAAUAAGAAAGUGAAGUUUGAUUAUUAUAAGCUUUUCUAAGGCUUUGACUCUAAGAAUAAAAGGUCAUUUUAGAGUAGCUUUACAUUCAUAGCCAAACUCUUUUAAAACAAGUUUUUACAUCAAAUAUCCAGGAAGUUUCUCCAUCCCAACUUUAAAGUGUAAGAUACAGACAUAGAAAUUCAUAGACUGGCUCAUCAGCAUUGCUGUUUAUGUCUCCAUUCAGGAGGCGUUUAAAAAGACUUUUCUCCCUGAAUUUUUGAAAUUUGUCCUCUGUGACUGGAGUAACUGUCCCCAUUUGUAGAAAACUCAUUUUAGACCCAGCAUAUGGUAUUGCUAAGCAAAUAUUUAUUUAUCUAAAAAAAAUAUAUUUUGGAGUAAGAGUCUGAAUUAUGAUUAAGAUUCUGUAGGCUAUCAAUAUUUAUUUAAUAUAAACCAAUAUGGGAAUAACAUUAUGGUCCCUUUGCCUAUUUCCUCCUACAGUUAUAUAAUAAAAUAUCUCUAAGGAGUCAUAAUGCCUGCUCUGCUUUCCUAACAAGAAGAUAAAAAAUUUCUCAGAAAUUAAGCAUUUCAGAAACACCUACAAAGGUUUUUGAAGAUGCUGAUCAUAGUAAAAUAGGA